AUGCAAAACCAAACAUGUGAACUGUUUGGAAAUUUUUCUACUGGGUUUGUUUUCUUGCAAAGUUUCCAAAGUCAAUUUUGUUUUGUCAAUCAACCAAAUGCUACUUUGGGUAGCACGACGUUGACAACAAUGGCUAGCUCAAUGGUCACAUCUGUGCAAGCAUCGAUUUACUCACGCUGGAAUUCAACUGGUAUCACUGUCGCGAACGGUAAUGGAAACACCAGCGUCCUCAAUCCUUAUGGCGUCUUUGUCGAUGAUCAAUAUAAUAUAUAUAUCGCAGAGAAGGGCAACAGUCGAGUUUCUAUAUGGCCUCCUAAUCCUAAUGGCUUAGCGUCUGCAGCUAUUUUUAAAACUGCUAGUGGACAACUCAAUGCUCCGCCUAGUUUAUACGUGGAUAGUAAUACAGGUGAUAUAUACGUAGCAGAUGAAUCAAACCAUCGAGUGGUACGCUUCCCGAAUGGAUCAACAAUAGGUCGCAAUGUGACGAGCUUUUUAUUGAAUACUUCACCAACCGUGUCGGGUAUCUAUUUGGAUCCGAAUGGAACUAUUUUUAUUACAGAUACAGGAGGAAAUCGUAUAUAUAAUUGGUUCACUAAUCACAGUGCUGUUGGUGGAAAUGGGGCAGGCGCUAAUACCAAUCAAUUAAAUUCGCCGAAACGCUUUUUUAUUGACAAGAACUAUACAUUUUAUGUUGUCGAUUCAACGAAUAAUCGAGUACAAAGAUGGCUUCGUGGAGCAACGUCCGGAGAUACAGUAGCCGGCGGUUAUGGAUCAGGUACAAAUGCAAGUCAAUUAAAUGGACCUCUAGCUGUUGUGGUCGACAGUCAGGGAAAUGUGCUCGUCUGUGAUUCAACCAACAAUCGAGUUCAAAUGUGGAGGCCAGGCUGGACUUUAGGUAUAACUGUUGCAGGUAAUGCAAAUGGUUCGGCAGGUUCAGGCUCUAUAGGAUUAAAUGCACCUAAAGGAAUUGCCAUUGACAAAAGUGAUAAUUUUUAUGUGGUUGAUACUAACAAUCUUCGAAUACAAAAAUUUUCUAUUUUAUAA